AAUAAUAACGCUAAGUGCAUCUUGCCAGAGUUGGAUCCCUGGGAUCCGUGGAUAAUGAAAUUUAUAAGUCCAAAUGUUGGCAAGAAGUGUAAGGUUGCCGCCAAGAAAAUUUAUACAGAAUUGCAAAACGGCACUCUUAGAAGUGUGAUCAAGGAUAAUGACCAAGCGGAUGCGCUUGUUUCAGGAUCAGUAGAAUGCAAAUAUCGAUGCAUGAGUUCGAAGAGAGAAGAAUCGGUGGAGGGGGGUGAAUGGAUCAACAUCGACAACAAUCAAACGUAUCGUGUAAAAUGUGACUUUAUCGAAACACAGUGCUUCGUCAACAAGCGCUUAACCUACAAUAACUUACAUAUUCAGGUUGUACGCCCAGAGGGGGUUAAAUUCGUGAACGAAGGACCAGAAAAUCCGAGUGUGAUAAUAUUCAUAUUUGACUCAACUUCAUCAUCUACAGGAUUCAGAUCAUUGCCGCAAACGCAACAAAUACUACGCCAGUUUUAUGAUGCCGUACCAUUCUAUCACAACAAUAAAGUUGGUCUGAACAGUCGACCGAAUGCAUUCGGUAUAUUUGCAGGUAGAACUGAGCAAAUUUGA